AUGUUGCGGCCGCCUCGGCCGGGGGGCCUCCCUUGCUGCGUCGCCGUGGCGCUCUGCCUCGGGCUCGCCUCCGCCUCUAGCCCCGCGAGGGGCGCAGAAGCUCCGUGCGAAGGUGAGGGGCUGGGGGGGGAGAGGCUGCGGGGUCACGACCCACGAAAUAGGGGCGGGGAGGGACCUCAGAGGAGCGCAUGGCAGUCCCGCAUGCGCACGUGUGCACGCACAUACACGUGAAUCUGUACAUCCGCCUGUGCUUGGCUCUCCGGAGCUUAAAGGCAAGACCUUCCGCACACGCCGGUACGUGGAAAGAGAGAGGGAGAAGAGACCCGGAAUACAGGACGAAACACAGGACGUGGCAUUUCGCAUUGGAAUAUGGGACAGACCCACUUUAUACGCCACACAUAGAGGAAAACACGCAACACACAACCACACAUCCGCUUGGUCUGAGGUUUAAAUGGCUCCCAGUCAGCCGCCAGUGUGCUGUGUUAUGGUACGUGCUUUUGUGUUGUAAAGCCACCCUGUGAUCCCCAAGUGAAGGGCAGUUUAUUAAAUUAAAUAAAUAAAUAAUAAAAUUAAAUAAAGACGCCUGUUUGUGUUUGUUGCAGUUCUUCUAAAUGGUGCAAAAUUGGAACGUUUGCUUGUUUUGCUAAGCUUGCAGCUGUGGCACAAUACUAAUUCCCUGCUGUCAAUGUUGCUGUUGAUGGGACCCCCUCACACAGUGCGAUUUACAUUUGGGCUGGACCAUUUCCCCCUUUUUUGCUGCUUUUUAAAUGAUAGCUUUUAAGUAGAUCUGCAUGUCAAAAUACAAGAUUUGGACAAACUCAGCCCUCCAGCUGUUUUGGGACUACAACUCCCAUCAUCCCUGACCACUGGUCCUGUAAGCUGACGCCUGAUGGGCAUUGUAGUCCCAAAACAGCUGGAGGGCCAAGUUUCGCCAUCAUUGGGUCACAAGCUGAUGCUCAGUGCAGAAGUCCCAUUUUAUUUUAUAAAACGUUUAUACCACUUGAUUGUAAACCUCAGAGGUUUACAAAUAGUAUAUGUGUACGUAUAUGGGAGGGGAUAUAUGGAUUUGUUUUCAUUCAUGUUUUCAUUAUGUAUUUAGAGUUUUUAUUUUGCAUUUUUAUGCUGUGAAUAGCCCUGAGAUCUUUGCAUGGAAGGCAGAAUACAAAUUUAAUAAUAGCAACACACCCUCACUGAGAACUCAGUUAUAUGUAAGGAACUCUGUUUUGAAUGGUUUGAGCCUUCAGAAUUGGGUCUUGGUUCAAAAUAAGGGUUUUGUGAAACAGGUGAUGAAACACCAGCUCCUUAUUUGUAUUGGCAACCUAAGGGCAGGGGAUUAAAAGCACCCCUUUAGCAAGUGUGUUUUCAGAAUCAGCGUACAUCCACUCAGGAGGGAUUGGAGUAUCAGAGAAAUUCAUGACAUGCUCUAGAGCCCAGUGUGAUGGUCCUCAGGAUCUGAACCCAUGAUCGGCAGUGAAGCAAAAGCACCACAGCAUAACCUAAGUGAGCACACUUUCCCUGGGCCUUUAACAAUGUCCAAAUCUGCUGGAUGGGUGCACGGUGCUGCAUUAAUCAGGGUCCUUCUCAAUUGCGGGGGGGAUAGCUGUUUCUGCUGUCCUGGAAUUGGACCCAGGAAGGGGCUCACUGGUUCACACAGAAGGACUGAUUCUUUCCCAUUAAAGAACCAGAGAAAGCCAACUACAUGAUCAAGAGCUGUUGCCUGUGGCGGUCCACGCUAUUUGGUAUGAUAAAACAUAGAUCACAACUUUCUCACUGCUAGUGCAUAUAAAGCUACCCUAUAGGUAGCAAACUUGUCUGCACAGGCCAGCAACCACUUAGUUUUCAAAUCAUCUAUCGACCUUUUAUGAAAUUCUGAAACAAAAAGAACCUACCUCUAGAGGAACUGGACAGAAGAAUAAGUACUGGAUAUUUCCAACUGCGUUUUUGUAGUUUCUUCUACAAUAUGGGAAGUGAACUUCAUUUACUGCUGAUUUUGAUCAUUUUUAAAUGUUUCUAAUUUUUUUUUACUGUCUUUAUUGAUAUCUUUAAUAUUUAUUGUAAACUGGAGGUUUCAUUUCAAUCAAGUGAUAGGUUAAUUGUGUCGAAUAAAUAAACAAAGAUGAAUUAAAUGUUCUCUUUGGCAGUAGUGAGAAAGAUUUUUUUAUUUUUCAUAUAAGAGAGAAGAUCACCUGUGUGUAAGAGGAUCAGUGUGCCUAUCCAAGCCCUCUUCCGACAGUGAUGUCCAUCUAUAAGCAAGAGAACCACAUUGUUUUUAUUUGCCUGUGUAGAGGAGGUGACUUGAAAGGCUUUUGGGGGCAGAAAAGCAGCCUAUGAAUAUAAGUCAAUAAAGAUUGCUUGUGGGCUUUCUUCACACUGAGUGUAAUGUUCGCUGACUCCUUUAGGUCCUAUGCCUCCUGACAACUUUCUGGCAUUUUCCAGUAGCCAUGAUGGAUCCCACCCAAGAGUCACCAACUGCCCCCCCCACCUUAAUGCCAGCCCUGAACAGUAACAGCAGGGCUGUCCUACAACAGGGCCAGGGAACCCCAGGCGCCAAAGGGAAGAUUGUUGUACUGGCAACACAAACCCUCCAGCAUUCCUCAGGUGAAAGAAAAUAGGGACAUUUCUCCCCUCCCACCCUCCACCCCCAAUUUCUCUCUCGCCCUCUGCAAAGCAUGUCCUGUCAGAAGAAGGGUGAGCGCCCAGUGGGGGAGCUGGGUGCUCUGGCACCCGGAGGGGCACACAUACCGUGCACCCGGGGGCAGGUGAUCCGCCCACGGGGGUGGGGACAAACCACCCACGGGACCUAUCUUGGCACAGCAAUCCUCCCCGGGGCGGAUCUCAGUACGGCUGCGCGAUCCCCCCUGGGGGCUGCCCCCUUGCGACUCCCAAGCCUACAGCAAGCGAGGGGAAGGGGGAGAGCCGCAGCAGCCGCUUUGCCGCUCGCUGGGCUUGGGGGAGUCGUGGGCGGGGGGCGCGUGCCGAAUGUCACCCCCCUUCAGGAUGACACCCGGGGUGCCCGCGCCCCCUUCCUAUGCCCCUGUGAGUGCCAACACCACUACGGGGUACAGUACACAUACCCUCCACUGUCCUGAGAAAACCCCUUAGUCCCGAUUUUAUUUUAUUCUUCAGAAGAUUUACAAAGAGAAAAACACCUAAGAAAUAAAUUUAUAAAGGGGCAGGAUUAGACAUGGACACACAAAGCAUUUUUUGUUUAAAGCAAAACUCCCUGCACUCUGCUCUUCUGCCCCUUUCUUCCCUCCCAGGGCAACCCUGCCCUCGGCCUGCCUCUCAGAGCCAGCAUGCCCGGCUGGGCUCCUCUCCUGCCUCCAGCAGCCGCUAUGAUUGCCCAAGGGAGGAAACUGGCAGCACUGGCCAUGGAGAGGCCAUGGGAUGCUGGCUUGCAGUCGCCACUGCUGCCACCCAGUCGCUCAGGACUAGCACCCGCUCAUCCACUGGCAGCGGCAGCACUGGUGGGAGAAAUGGGGACAUUUCAGGAUCAAAUCAGAAGCUGGGAUGGAAAACAGGGACGCUUGGAGGCUAUGGCAGCAACUGUUUUACGCUUGUUCAAGGCACACACGGUUGUGCACACACAUCGCUGCAACCUGGAAGUGGCUUACACACACUCUGCCAGCUUGCAUGGGGGCCAGGAAUGCACACACAAACCCAUGCAAAUUGUGUGUGCCUGGAUUUCUUAGUGUGUGACCUCUUGCUUGCCUUGAUGAAGAGAUCUGUGAGGGGUGGGGGUUGAAACCUCAGACUUUUGUGUGGUUGCAACAUCGCCUACUGAAUAAAGAUUAUUAUUUAAAUUUAUGUUAAAAAAAGGCCUGGGAUAGUUCAGCUGGCAGAGCCUGAGACUCUUAAUCUCAGAGUUGUGGGUUUGAGGUCCAUGGUAUUGCAGGGGGUAGGACUAGUUGACCCUCAAGGUCCCUUCCAACUAUGAUUCUGUGAUUCACAACAGAGGCAAAGGCCUGGCCGGGGUGAGGGGAUUGGGGAGAAGCCCCAGCCCCACCCCUACCCCAAUUUUCCAUUUCCCCCCAAUUAUUUCCAAAAAAUAUGGGGAAAUGUGCCCCCCCCCCCAGUUUCCCCCCUCUCCACCCCUCCAGGCCUUCUCAUCUUUAGCCCUGCCCAGCACUUCUGUCUGACUCCUGGAAUGCCCCCUGCUGCUGUCCUCAAGGAAAAGGCAAGGGUCUUUCCCUGGGACACAGUGAUGAGUAGGGUGCCUAAGUGGAGUCACUGGAAGGCAAUAAUAAGCAUCUUUGCAUGGGGCCAUUUCCAGAUCAGACGUGCAUGCGCUGAAAGAAUGGCAAGCCAUUCUGUGUGAAGUUAGCCAUUUUAAAAUUUAUUUUCAACUUUGUUUAUUGUCUGUCUCUUUGACCAAAGCACUCUGGGUGUGUCUGUUAUUUUAUAUUUUACCUUUUUCUUAUACAGUGUGUCAAGAUUUUUUGAAAAGAUUUUAUAGUUCUUUAAAAGAAAAGCACUCUGAUUUCUCCGUGGCUUCUAUUGAGAAUGAAUUAGUCAGGAGCUGCAGGAACACAAAAGGAAAAGAAAACCGCUUGGUAUGACUUCGUACUCUUUUCCCCCUUAGGAAUGUUUCCAGUACUUAGGCUGUGUACACACUUUACCGUAAAAGCACAUUCAUAGCCUGGGAGUUUGCAGUCAAACAUAACUAUGCAUGAGUGCCAGUUAAUGCAUGAAGGGUAAGACUGCACAGAGUUAGAUUCCUAGACUCCACCAGGUCACACACACCCCCUUUGCCAAUGAGGGUGGAAGUGGAGCUUUCUCUCCCUGUUCCCCCUCUCUCAGUGCCAUGUAACCAACCAAGGAAGACAUGCCAGGGCAAGCUCCAAGCUAUCUUUCUGUAUUUUCUACUCAUGAGUAUUCUGCCUGUGCUCUUCUUGCUGCUAUUUGGAUAAAUGUGUGAAUCUGACCUUUGGAGUGUUUUGUAAGUAAAGCAUUUCAAGCUUAAGAGUGUGUGGUCUGUUCAUUGCAGGAGGGAUAGAGAGAGGGGAGUGCUUUGCAAGAGGACUAAAAGGGAUAUAUAAAAGGUUUUGGCAGCCUACAUUCCUAUACUUCACUGUCCUGCUUGACUUUGUGAGCCUAAACUAGGGGCUUUCUCUUGCUAGAGAGUUAGUCUAGUCCCACGCUUUGAAUCCAGGCACCUGGCUGAUUCCUUUGUGAUUCACCCCACACAAGUGGGUCACAGGGAUUCUAUUUUCACACACACAAAGAACAUUCUUUUCCUCAAAGAAACUGUAGUUCUCCCCUCACAGAGCUAUAGUUCCCAGCAACAAGCUACAGUGCCUAGAAUCCUUUGAGGAGCAAAAAUGUGCUUUAAAGGUAGAGUGCAUGCAUGGGAGAGGAGGAAGAGGGAUCUCUCUGUAUAUGUGCUGCCGAAGCGAGCACAAGAGGGAUCUCUCUGACUAACAGAUUAGUCAGCCGCUUUCCCCCAGGGAAGCAGGACCUUUAGUGAUGAAUCAGAGCAAACCGCAAUUAGGCUUCCCAAAGAUUUGCUCAAGUUGUUCCAGAUAGUGCUAAAGAGCAGGUUUUCCAGAGGAAAGCAGCAGAGCAAAGGCAGAACCUCUUGGACCCGUGCUUUCUAGGCAUGAGGCAAGCGGAAAUAUGAGUGAGCCCUAACCCUGCACUGGUACUGACAAGAUUUCUAUUCUUGUAGUGCUACUACAUCGGAGCCACAAGUGAUGCAGCAACCAAGAUAAUUGGUGAAGUCAGCCGCCCAAUGAGUGCUCACAUACCUGUGCCAAAGAUCUGUGAGAAGCUGAAGAAAAUCGACAUUCAAAUCUGUGAGCUCAAAUACGGUAUGAAGAAAUCCCUGUGCAAAACAGAGGAGGGCAUAGCAAAAUAGGCAUAUUGGAGACAAAGGAGCCCAGGUUGUUCUUCUUCUUUUUUUUAAAUGAUAUUUAUUAAAAUUUCAAAGAAUACAAGAAUUACACAAAAACAAAAAGUAAAAAUACAAAAAGUAAAAAUACAAGAAAAUACAGGAUACAGAAAAAAGAAUAAAAAAACCAAAACAAGGUCAUUAUUUUCAGACCCUUAACUGUCAUUGCCUUCUUUCUUAGACCUCCUCCUCCUCCCUUCCUUUGUAUUCUAGUUAUUAAUUAUCCCAGCAAAUCCUUUCCUUUCCAUGUUUCAUAAAAUUCUAUCAUUACAUUACCCUAGACUAUUUUAAUCCUAUCUUUCUAUAAUAAAAUAAACCUUAAAGUUUAAAACUUAAGUCUUAACCUUACCAGCUUCUUAUAAUCAUAAUAUUCUUUCAUAAUUCUUUAUGCAUCUUUACUAAAGCCAGGUAAUUUCUUCCAACAUUUUUCUGUCAUUCAUCAACUUUGUGAAACAUUCUAAUAAUAAAGAAAGAGAAAAAGAAAGAUAUAAACAAGUCCAAUCUUUAUCCAACGUCCCUUCCUCCUGGUUCCGGGAUUUGUCAGUCCUUAUUCCCAUCAGUCUAGCCCGGUAACCUUAUGUCCGAGGCCCUCAGGUCACUUCCAUGGCCCUUCCGCGGCUCUUCUUCAUAUUUAUAACUGUAAUUUCCCUUAUCUCCUACUCGUGGUAACUCCAGCUUGACAAUGUCUCUUGCUCGUGGUAGCUCCAACUUAAUAAUGUUUUUAACCCUUCUCGACAGAUCAGACCCUUUUCCGUAUUCAUCGCUGCAUUCCAUGUAGUAUUUAAAAGCAUGUUUCAAGGGCCCUCCAAAGUUGAGAGCCCCCACAGUCCCAAGCAUUUCGCAGCCCAUUACCAUAUUUAAAAAGUCCAGACAUCCCAACAUAGGAGGUCAAUCCAGCCCCCAUUUCCAAACCACACCAAACUUUUCCUUUCCAGAUCUGGCUUUUCCAAAUUCAUUUGUCCAGUCCGAAGGAUCAUACUCCUGUUGGGUCUGUUCUGUCAAAACACACUCCUGAUUUAAUACCACAAACUCCUGUUCUAUCAAAACACACUCCUGGUUUGAAUCCUGAGUGGGCUCCACAUGUUUUCCCACAGUCUGGUCAAAACAUUCCACUGCCUGUUUAAGAUUUCUAGUCGAAAUGACCAUCCAGUUCACCUUAUCGUGUAGUUCUUCCAGUAAAGCAUUUGUUUUGUAAAAAGCGCACACCAAGGCUUCUGAAUACAUUGUCCUGCAAAGUCAAAUACUUUCCCACGGUUAUUUUGUAACAGCUGUCAAUUCCCUGGAGUUAGUUACAGUUUCACAAGCUCCCCCCUUGUGGAGCAAAAUGGCCCUAAACUCUGGAGGGGGGAGUCUUACAUAGGCCUGACUCCCCUCAACCUCCCAUGGGGGCCCAAAGACCCAAGCGAGAAUCUGUCCCGUUGACCCCUGCAGAAAUAAGAUGUGGACGGGACUCGCCUCAUUUUCUGGGCAAAACUGCCCCGCCUGGAUUGGGCCCAGAAGGGAAAACAUGGAAUUCACUGCUGCAAGAUGCAGUGGUGAUCUGUACCUUGGAUGGUGUUUAGAAAGGAGUGGAGGAAGUAAUAGAUCUGUCGAAAGAUAUUAGGUUUGAUAACCAAAUGUUCAUGGGGGGUAUACCAAGUGCGAGGGAUUCCAGCCCACCUUCCUUCCUUGUGAGAUUCCAUGGGCAUCUGUCUGCCCGCUGGAGGCCUCCUGUAGCAUGAGCAAGCUAGUUGGAAAAGCAAUAUUCUCCUCGAACAUACAUAGGAUCAUGAACUCCUUGUCUAUAAUACCGCAAAUAAAAUGAAUAGAGCUUGUGAUUCAGGUUGUUUGUUUUUACAGAAAUGGAACUGGAUUUAACAGCAGUAGAUCUCUCUAAGAUGAAAGUGGCUGAGCUGAGGAAGAUCCUGGACAGCUGGGGAGAAGUGUGCAGAGCAUGCAUUGAAAAAACGGACUUUGUGGAUCUGAUUAGAGCACUUGCACCAAAACAUACAGCUGCAUCUUCCAGAGCUGACCUCUGA